GUGCGUCUCACAGGUAGUCAGUCGAGUCUCUGCAUUCGCAGCAAGUGUAUAUUUAUUUUUUAUUCGUAAUAAGUUUCAUUUUUAUAGUAUUCUCUUAUUAUUUUUUGUUAAGCGUUAAUUUUCUGAUAGAAGACCACCUUGCAAAAAUGAAGACCCUUGUACUGUGCUGUGCUCUCUUUGUGGUUGCUCUGGCAGCUCCACAGGAACAGAAAUAUACCACAAAGUACGACAAUAUCGACAUAGAUGAGAUUCUGCGAUCAGAUCGUCUCUUCAACAACUACUUCAGGUGUCUCAUGGAUAAGGGACGCUGCACACCAGACGGAAGUGAACUCAAACGUAUCCUUCCUGAUGCCCUUGAGAGUGGUUGUGCCAAAUGCAGCGAUGCACAGCGUCGUGGAUCUGAACGCGUGUUGCGAUUUGUCAUUGAGAAGAAACCUGAACAGUGGAAGGAGCUCCAGGCAAAAUAUGACCCCAACAAUGUCUACGUUACCAAAUACAGAGAACAAGCAAGAAGUAUGGGCGUCAAUAUUUAAAUAUUUUCAUCCCUCCAAAUAAAAAGGCUUAAUCGUCCCCUCUUCCAACCUUCCUGGAUGGGCACAACUAUUGAUUUUGAAUCUCACAAAUUAACACCUUUUCCUGCUUUCCAGCGCACUUCUACAAAAUAUUAUAAUUUAAAACAACCAAAAUAAUAAUCUUCAAUACUCUUUCCGUGCAAAUGUACAAAUGCUGCACUUCUUCUACUUUUUUUGGAUCUAUAUGAUGACCACCCCUGAACAUAUAAAAAUGAACACUAAAAAUUAUAACAAUAACCCAUCAUAAACACUUAUCUUACCUCCUUUCUUACAGACGAUUAAGAGGCUGAAAACAUCGAUGACUCUCUGCAUGAGAAACCAACAAAAUUUUUUUUCUAAACUCUUUACUCAAUUUUUUUUCGAUUAAUUUGAAGAAAAAAACACCAACUGUUAUCGCUAAUGUUUUGCCUCAUUAUAUGUUUUUGUUAAUAAAACUCUCCAUUUCAUAAUCUCAA